AUGGCUGAGUUUGACCGUAAUUUUACAACAUUUCCUGAUCAUCCUUUUACGGAAUCGAACGAAGACUCCAACUUUGUGUCUUCUAUUUUUAAUAAAGUCAAGUCAAUAACGUCUGCUGCAUCUAAUGUUGUGCACAAUGCCUUACCUCUUCCCAAUCAUGAUCCUUUAAUUACACCUGAAAAUGCACAUACAGUUAUUGCUUCUGCACAACUUUCUCGCCCGGGGAGACUUUUAUCCAAUCAUGCGCCAGUACGCUUGCCUGCACGUUCACAUCCUCAGGCUUUGAAAGAAUUAAAAUAUGGAUCUGCUAGCCACUCACGAAAUUCAUCUGGUGGAAGUUUUAAAAUUAAAAAUGGUGCUUCCAGUUCGGACAUUUCUACGAAUGUUUCUUCACAUAAUCGAAAAGUGAGUCUUGGGAGAAACACCACAAACGCAUCUCUUAGUGAUAGCAUGCAAUCAAUUUCCUCUAUUGAUACCCCACCACUAAUAAAAGUCACGAAUUUUAAUGGUGACCAUAAUUAUUUUUCUCCAGAAAUUUCUACUGAUGAUCAUUUAGAUUCACCAAGUAACAGCUCUUUAAUUCACGAUAAAAAUGAAGAUAAUACUUCUCCUUUGACUCUUCCAGGGACUCUAUCCGGAAAUGAAGAUAAUUCUAAUUCUAGCUCAGGAUCUAGCGUUAUCAUUUCUUCAUCUGGUGUUAAUGUAAAUACUCUCCAACCAGUUCUUACUUCUUCUUCCUCACCUGCCACUACAACAGCGUCUGCUGCUGCUCUUUUUACACCAUCUGCAUCUUCUCUAUCUUUGCAAAACAGUAAACUUACUUCUGAUGCGACUGUUGAUAGAAGAAAUGUAACAGCCAGUGGAACUUUUACAACGCCACAGCCUGCAGAAAUCUUUAAUUUACGCCAGCAAAAUUCAAAGUUGAGUUCUUCUAAACAAAAUAGCCCACUUCAAAAUCCUAUUAUUUCUAGCCAGACCAAUAAUUCACUUAGUUUAUAUCACCAUACCCCGCAUCAUAGCCAUAUAAGUGGAAGCCAUCAUCUUCACCACCAUCAUCGUACGCAUAAGCCACAUCAUCGGCCUCAUCCAAUGACUCCUAUCCCAUCUGCCACUGUUGUUGCGACCCAAAGCAAUCAACAAAAUAUUCAAACUCGAAAUUCUCCAAGCCAAGGAUUUAUUGGCUCGACAUUAGGAACCAUAUCACAAGGUAUGGAGUCUUUACAAUCUAAACUUUCAUUAUCAUCUACCACCGACACAACUAUCAAUGCUGUUGGCGACUCAAACCUUGAUUCUUCGUAUCCUUCCAGUUUUCGAGAAAAUGGUUCAGUUUUAGAAAAGGAUUAUAACAGUGAUGCCGAGAGCAUUUAUUCUACUGCGAAACGAUACUUUAAUUCUAGGGUUGAUCGCAGACCUACUCCAUUAAAAAACGGCGGUUUAGGAAAAGAAUUUUGGAUGAAAGACGAACAUGUAACUGAAUGUUUUGGGUGCACUGCUAAAUUUACGACAUUUCGACGAAAACAUCACUGCAGAAUUUGUGGCCAAAUUUUCUGUUCCAAAUGUACUAGCUUAAUCGAUUGCGAGUAUCCUUCAAAAGAUGGUGUCCUAAUUAAGUCAAAGUUAAGAGUUUGCAACAAAUGCUAUGCUGAUAUUGAAAAGUUUGAAUCUUCUGAUGAAGACGAUGAGUCUCAUGAUCAUAUUGACGAUGCAAUGUCUGAAUUUGGAGAAGCAACAUUUGCGGAUUCAAAUACAAGCUCUAAGUACACUGGCAGCACUUCGGAUUUACAUACAGAUUCGCCUCGUGCUCAAAUAAGAAAGUUUUCCAGGGAUGAAAGAACUGGUUUAGAAAAUAUUCUGUUUUACUCUGAUGAUGAUAGUUCUUCAGAUGAAUUUGAUGCCGAUAGCAUUAUUCAUUACAAUGUUGAAAAUUCCAAUUAUAAUAGAGGAAAUAAAUGGGGAGAAGAUCAUAGCCGAAGCCCAUCUCGGAGUAGGGCUAGUUUUAGACGUCAUAGAAGUGGAACUUCACUCUCGUUUGACCAACCACGAUUUUCGCGCAAAGGAUCACGGAAAAAAAGUUUUACUGCAAAAACAACUCCUUUAUUUCUAUCUAAAACAACAAACCAAAUUAUUGGAUCUUCUAGAAUUUCACCUCCUUUACUUAAUCUUAAUCGAGCCAGCAUUGCCCAUUCAAAAGCAUUUUUACGGCAAAUACUUGAGCAAAAGGGGAUUACUGGGAAUUUGGGGAAAUGGAUUGAUGCACUCAUGUUACCACUUUUAGAAUGCACAUCUCAUAUUGAUCUUGAUAACAAAAUUUUUGAAGGGUCUGAUUUUCGAUCUUAUGUGAAGCUUAAAAGAAUUCCAGGAGGUCUUCCUUCCCAUUCUCAAUAUAUUGAUGGAAUUGUAUUUUCUCAAACACUGACACUAAAGUCUAUGCCUCAGCUUAUCUCAAAUCCUAGGAUUCUUCUUGCUCACAACUUGUUUGAACACCCUAGACUUCACGUUUCUAAAAUUUUAGAAAUUUCAAAACAAGAACUUUCUCGAUUUGAUACUCUUGUUCAACGAGUAACUCAAUUAAAGCCUAAUAUAAUUAUGACUACUGGUGGCGCAGGUAGAUUUAUUCUUAAAAAGUUUGAUCAAAUGGGAAUUGCAGUUAUGACAAAUGUUAAAGAGUCUGUUAUUGGUCGUACUUCAAGAUACACCCAGGCAUCUAUUGCAACUUACGAGUCGCUUUCUGUUAAUACAACACUUGGCCAUUGCGAUAGAUUUGAAGUGAAAACUUAUCGUUACCAAAAUGAAUUCAAGAAAUAUAUAUUUCUUUCAGGAAUUCCAAAGGAGCUAGGUUGCACUGUUUUGCUUCGUGGUGCUGAUUUGGCUUCAUUAGGUAUUAUUAAACGGAUUGUUCAGUUUAUGGUGUACGUGAUGUUCAAUUUAAAGCUUGAAACAUCAUUGCUCCGUGAAGAAUUUGCGUUAGUUCCAGAGUCUCCUAAACUUCUUAAAGAAAUUGCUAAAUAUCGAGCUAAUGCCGAGCAUAAAAAGGCUUCCAACGCUGAUACGUCGGGUAUUAAUGAGGAUUAUGGCAUGACAAUUUUGUCUACUUCCCCUUUUGUGGACUAUGGCCUUCCAUACUUGCUUGAAGUUGCACGUAAAUCCGAAGAUCAAUUAGUUUCGAUGGAUGAAGAUAAGGAUUCUGUUAUUACAAGAGACCGUUUGCUUCAAAUGCUUCAAUUAGACCAUUUCACCGUUGAAAACGUUCCUGGAGGCGAAGAAACAAUUAAAAAAAUGUCUGAAUUUUUAUACAAGGAACUUUAUCAGCGGUUAUACGACACUUGGUUUAAACAGAAUCGACAGUGGGAACUUGCUCAUCUUCGCGAUGAAGAUAUGUUUACAGCAGAGUUUCAUUUGAGAAUUGUUUUACUUUUUUCUUCAGUUUGUACAGAAACUCUUACUCCUUGUUUUGGCCCUGAUGUUUUAACAUUUCGGUUUUACAAUGAUAAACAGGAUAUGCCAUUAGGGCAUUUUAUUGAGCGUCUUUGUCUAGACGCUAAUAUCCAAUGUUCUGAGGGAUGUGGGCGAACAUUGAAGCAACAUACUCGCAUUUAUGCUCAUGGAAAGGGCAGAAUAACAAUAAAAAUAAGUGAUCAUGCUUGUAAUUUACCCGGCAUGUCUGAAUCUAUUUUGAUGUGGAGUACUUGCAAAAUCUGCCAAGCUUCUACCCCGAUUCUUCCUAUGUCUGAUGACACAUGGAAAUAUUCUCUUGGAAAGUAUUUUGAACUUUCUUUUUGGAGCUCUGAGUUAUCUUUUAGAGAAAAUCUUUGCCCACACAAUUUAUAUCGUGACCAUGUUAGAUUUUUUGGUUUCAAAAACAUUGCUGUGUCGAUAGAAUAUACACCAAUUACUUUAUAUGAGGUUGUUGUUCCAUCAGCCCGCAUGACAUGGCAGCCUGAACGUGGUAUCAAACUAAAGGUUUCUUGUUACAAUGACAUCAAGACGAGUGUUAAUAAAUUUUUUGACAGUGUUGAUGACCGCUUGAAAAGUAUUAAGGUGGAUGAAUUAGCGCCGGAAAAAAUUGAUGAAUGCCGACUUAAGAUUGAAGAGUUGCUUUUGCGCACCAAACAAGAAAAACAGGAUGUUAUUAAUGAUCUUGAUCAAAUAUUUGUCAGCACAGAUCCAACAGCAUAUCUUCCUCUUAAUGCAGUUUUCCGUGUCAUGCAAGAUUUUGCAAUCAGUUGGGAUCACGAAUUCACAGAAUUUGAAGAUAAUUUUUUCCUUUCAGAAAAUGAUAUUACACGUAUUACAACUGCCCAUUUGAAGCGCAUAAUUUUGCGUAACGAUAUUAUUGAAAAGCAAAACUCGCAAGUUCGAGGAGAUACAGAAGAAAAUUCUAGUUUAAUUUCUGAAAAGUCAAGAAAAGACUCAACUGGUUCUCUUAGUGAAAAGCCAAUUGAGGCAACUGAAUCAGCUGAAUCAUCGAAUAAGAGUGACGAAAUUGAAAUGGCUGAAAUAUCCGCCCCUUCGGGCUCUACAUAUGAAUUUGGUGAUCAACCUUCUAUUGCUCCCAGUCUUUCAAAAGAAACAUCAAACAAUGAUACAGAGAAUAUUCAGGGUUUUAACGAGCAAUCUGUUUCACCAAAUGAGUCAUACCAAAAAGAAGAUAAACAGCUUUUGAGCAAUGAGUCUGUGACAAAGACCGAUAAGGUUCCACCUCCCGACACUUUGAAACCACAACUAGAUUCUUCGGUUAAAGAUCAUGACUCUCGGUGCAAGUCACUUGAAGAGUUAACUUCAAUAAUUCAUCAAACAGCUGCCAACACACCAAGCAAUAUUCCUAGAGCAGUAUCUAAUAUCGAAAACCGAUUUGCAAAGGAAGUUUCGCCUAAAGGAUUUUACUCUGAGUCUGUUCCUGAUCUUACUAUGCGCACAUCUCAAAAGUCAUCCGAACGUUCUCCUAGUCCUCUUCGUGGAAAUGAUAGUUCAAAACGAGUCCAGGAUGUCGUUUCACUAAUGGAGUCUAGGAAUACAAAAGAUGACAAAUUAAAUGUGAGUUCUGGGGAUUUAGACUCAUCUCAGUUAAGCUUUAAGCCGAGAAUCAGCACCAUUCCAACUCUAAAGCAUCUUUAUCAAACUUCAACUGAGAAUUCUUCAUCGACCCCUGAUAGAAUAGCUGAAUUCGCUAAACUGCGACUUAGAUCCAAUCUCAAGUCCUCGGAAGAUUCGGCUUCAACGUCGUUAUCCAACAAUCUGAACUCAAGGAAUAAGUUUGAGAAUAUUGGAUACUCAGCAUCUUUAAAUCGAUCUCGUUUUGGUGCACCCAGAGAUCUCAACUCACAAUGGUUGGCAGGGACUCACCCAUACAAAAUUUCAGUUUCUUCGCUGGCGAAGCAUUAUGAACAGUUGUCACAAGAGUUUGAGAAUCAACGUGCACGUGAACGCCGACAUCUUGCACAAACACAAUACCGUACAGCUCCCCUUGCAGCUUCAAAACCCAUUGUUGAAGUUUACAAAAAUGUAGAAGAUGCUGUUGAAGAGCUCUCUCAAUCAGAAGAUGAAGAAGAGUCUGACAGUGAUUUGGAACCAGACUCUAAAAAUUCAUCUUUGCCCAAUGAUACUCUACCUGAUCAAUGUACGGGUGAUCCUUCACCUAAAUCACCUUCAUUUAAAGCCAACGAUGAUAUUACAGGGGACAAUGCUGAUAGAGUAGCUAAUCAAACAGGUGAAGAGCCUACUCAAAAUGAUUUGACUAACCCUCAACUUCCUGAUGAUACAAGCGAAUUACCAGCAGACGAAGGCUCAUCUAUUAUUUCAGAAGAGCCUCAAGAACACCCACCAUCUUCUGAACUCCCACCACCUGUUGAAGGGCCAAAUAUUCCUCAAAUUGGACUUUUGAAGUACUUUUCAAAUUUUUGGGCUGAUAGAUCUGCUACUGGUUGGCGUCCACUUGAGUAUCCUUUGACUCAUUCAGAUCAUUUGUUUCCUGAAUCAAAUGUGAUAAUUCGAGAAGAUGAGCCAAACUCACUUAUUGCAUUUUGCUUAUCAUAUCCGGAUUAUAAAGAAAAGCUACGGAAGAUGCGCCAAGAAGAAUCUGUUCCACAAGAUCCCGAAGGUCUUCGUGAGCCCAAUGCCGAAAUGGAGCGUCAUAUGCUUAAAAACACUGGAACUCAUCUUAAAUACCAAUUUCAAGAUGGCUCUGCCAAACUUUCUUGCAAAAUUUUUUAUGCAGAACAGUUUGAUGCCAUUCGAAGACAAUGUGAUUGUGAAGACUCUUUUAUUCAAUCUUUAUCUCGAUGCGUGAGUUGGGAUUCAUCGGGUGGUAAAUCAGGAUCAGCAUUUCUUAAAACUUUAGAUGAUCGCCUUGUUGUGAAACAAUUGUCUCCAUCUGAGUUGGACGCCUUUAUUAAAUUUGCUCCUAAUUACUUUGAAUUUAUGGCACAGGCAUUUUUUCAUGAGCUGCCUACAGCUUUGGCUAAGAUUUUUGGAUUUUACCAAAUCCAGAUUCGCAAUCCCACAAGGAGUAAUAAGAAUCUUAAGAUGGACGUAUUGGUUAUGGAGAAUUUGUUUUAUAAUCGCAAGUCUUCUCGUAUUUUUGAUCUUAAGGGUUCAAUGCGCAACCGUCAUGUUCAACAAACAGGUCGUGAAAAUGAGGUACUUUUAGAUGAAAACAUGGUCGAAUUUAUUUAUGAGUCACCUUUAUUUGUACGCAACCAUUCUAAGACUUCGUUGCGUUUAUCUUUGUUUAACGAUACUUUAUUUUUGGCUAAGAUGAAUGUGAUGGAUUAUUCUUUGGUUGUUGCUAUUGAUGACGAAAAGCAGGAGUUGAUUGUUGGAAUCAUUGAUUUUAUUCGAACAUUUACUUGGGAUAAGAAGUUAGAAAGUUGGGUCAAGGAACGUGGACUUGUUGGAGGUGGUGUAAAGGAACCCACUGUGGUUUCACCCAAGCAAUAUAAGUUUCGGUUCCGAGAAGCUAUGGAAAGAUACAUUAUGAUGGUUCCUGAUUGUUGGUACCCAGUAAAUAAGGAAGAAGAAGAGGAAGAGGUUCCAGCUUAA